AUGUCUGGACGUGGUAAGGGCAAGAGCGGCAAGAAGGCCGUCAGCCGCUCCGCCAAGGCGGGACUCCAGUUCCCCGUCGGCCGCAUCGCGCGCUACCUCAAGAUCGGCAAGUACGCCACCCGCGUCGGUGCCGGUGCCCCGGUGUACCUCGCCGCGGUCCUCGAGUACCUCGCCGCCGAGGUCCUCGAGCUCGCCGGCAACGCGUCCCGCGACAACAAGAAGUCCCGCAUCGUGCCCCGCCACAUCCAGCUCGCGAUCCGCAACGACGAGGAGCUCUCCAAGCUCCUCGGCACGGUCACGAUCGCGUCCGGCGGCGUCCUGCCGAACAUCCACUCCGUCCUCCUCCCGAAGAAGGGCAAGGGCAAGUCCGGC